UCUUAAAUUUCAUUUGUGAAGGUCUUUAAAAAGUCUUAAAUUUGACUUGUUGAAACCUGCAGAAACCCUGAAUAUUUCCCCUAUCCUCCAUGCAGCUUUCUAAUGUUUACUAACCCUGAUUUCCGCCGUGUUCGUGACAUUGAACGAGACACGCCAGGAAACAAAACGGAGAGUCAUGGGUUAGCGGGUUUACCUGCAUAUGCGUGCCAAUUGUGGUGGAAAAAGGCGACACGGCUGAACACUGACACCAGCAAAGAUGGAGUUUGCCUGCAGUCAUGUUGUGUGUAAUUGGAGGCCUGACGGAGCAGCAUCCACAGGUGUUUCUCUGUAUGACAACACAGUGGCGGUUAAACAGCAAGAAGGUCCAGUUCCUCCACCGCUGCCUCCUCGACGUCUCCGAAAACCUCGGCCCACUUCGCUGCCCCUGCCCCCCCUUUCCUCCAUUCGGCCCCCCCCUGCUCCUCUCUCCCUCCCUCCUCCUGUCCCACCCAGACUUGAUAAGGAAGGAGGAAGCAGGCUGGAAGCCAACGUCAACGUCGUCUCGAUCAGCGUUGGAAAACUGGUCGACAUCUGCCAAGCCUCAGGCCUGGAGAGUUUUCAGAGCCCACUGAUUUGUGGGAAAUGUAGUGCUGCCCUGUCAUCUCUGAGUACUUUACAGAGGAACGUGUGGGUGUGCGAGUUCUGUGGACGUGAGAACGGUGUAAACGACAGUGUGAAGAGAGUGUGUGUUGGUCAGGGCGCAGGUGUACACAGCGACGAGAUCUACCUGCCGAAUCAGAGCGACGAUGACUACCAGAACUUGGAAGACACAUUGGUGGUUUUCUGUGUGGACAUUUCUGGCAGCAUGAUUGUUACAACAGAGGUUACAUCAAGCAGUGGAUCUCCUACAUACAUAUCCAGACUGCAGGGUAUCCAGGAUGCCCUGCAGAGAGCGCUGUCGUCCCUGCUGCAGCAGUCGCCCCGCAGGAGAGUGGCAUUGGUCACAUUCAACGAGGAGGUUGUAAUAUAUGGUGAUGGUACUAGUACUCCUCUCACUCUCCGGGACUGGGCGUUGGUUGACUACGACCAUAUAUGGCAACAAAGUGUGGCUUAUAGCAUCCCACACUGUAUUGCCGAGACGUACGACCAAUUAGUACAAAGGGUCAAAGACCUGAGGGAACACGGGUCUACGUGUCUUGGUCCUGCAGCAUUAGCCUCGGUUGCAAUGGCGUCCAGGUACCCCGGGUCAAAGGUGAUUUUGUGCACUGAUGGCAGAGCCAACAUCGGACUGGGUGAGAUGGCGCAAAUUCCCUCUCUGUCCCCCUCUCCCCUUACUCCAUAUUUCUACAGACAACUGGCUCUACAGGCUGUGGAGAGUGGAAUCAUAAUAUCAGUAAUGACUUUUGAAGGGACAGAUUGUCGCUUGGCAGACAUUGGGAGACUCGCAGACACUACUGGAGGAAGGAUAAACAUCGUGAGCAUUGGUACCGUUGCAACAGAGAUCCAGUCAGCCUCCAUGGACAACAUACUUGCAACUGGAGUCACUGCAACCCUGCUUGCUCCUGAUGGAGUUUAUUUUCCUUUUGAGGAUGGAAACAAUCACAAACUGGUGAGAGAAAUAGGGAAUGUGACCAAGGGGCUGGAGAUCACUAUCCAGUUUGCUAUAAAACCAGAAUUUACAGAAGUUUUCCUCCAGAAGGACAAACUUCCAUUUCAACUCCAGCUGAGCUUCAAGACCAGAGACCAUGAAAAAGUCACCCGUGUUAUAACAGAACAACGACCAGUAACUACUUGCAGUCGGAUUUGGGCUGGUAACCUAAACAUGGCGGUGCUUGGCGUUCACUGUGCUCAACUCUGUGCCAGUUUAACCAUGGAGGGUCGAGUGCAGGAAGCACAGAGGCAACUAAAAGCACAGCAAGACCUGCACAAUCAAAUCAGUAAGCAGAGGCCAAUCCAAAAGGAAGAGAGUAUCUAUGGCAACUGGAUAGACACCAUGACAACAAUCUGUGACGACAUCACCACGGAAUCCCAGACUCUCUCUGAUCAAGCAGCUAAGGUAAUGUACCAAAUGAAGAGAGCCAGCAGUACCAACAACAACAACAGCAGCAGCAGCAGCAGCAGCAGCAGCAGCAACAACACAAAUGAGAUCCAAAAGAAGAGAAGAGGGAAGAAAAAGGCUCUUGUGGAAGGAAUGUAACGAAAUCAGCCAUCCACAAAUAUUGAUAUUAAGCCAUGUUGGCUCGCAACUUUUUUUAAGCAGGUGUGGGACUAGAAGGAGGUUCAUUGCACACUGUCUGUGUAGGACUAAUAUUGAAAAUAAACACCUGAACUGAAAACGACAGAGCACUCGGGCGCCCAGGUAGUUCAGUUGGUACAGCACGUGCCCAUAUAAAGAGGUUUAUUCCUCAACACAGAGGCCCAGGGUUCAAAUCCGACCUGAGGCAACUUCCUGCGUGUCUUCCUAGCACUCAAACUAAAAAGAUAAAUGUGGCGAAAUGGCGAUGAAUGAUGAAAGCCUUCUCAAGACUAUUUAAUGCAAGGGUGCAGAAAACUGUUUGUCACCUUGUGAGUCAACUCAGGAAUGAAGGAAGCAAGAUCAGGACAGCGAUAAAACUUCAUAAUCAAUCAACAAAUAAUACAUCAGGACUGUUAGUGGACUGGUAGAGCAUGCACCCCAUGUACAAAGGUUCAGUCCGUGUCACAGCGGCCGCAGGUUAGAAUCCGACUUGCGGCCCUUUUGCUGCAUGCCCUUUGCCCCCCCUCUCUCUCUCUCUUUCUCUCU